AUGAUUUAAUUAUUAUUUAUUAUGGUAUAGGUAGCUGCGACAUCGGACUCAUUAUUUUCAAGUGUUUAAACGGCGUGCGCGAGCGUGUGUAUUACGACUAAAUAAUCGCUAUUACAAUGGGUGCAUAUUAUUAUGGUAGUGAUAUUGUACGGCCCCGCGCGAGUAUGUGCACCGGACGCAGAGUCGUUUUUCCGGUCAAACGCAGUCGCUCCGUCGUCGGAAACGGUCUUCCGGUACGCGAAUGAUCAUCUAGCUGACGUGCCGUAAAAAUACAAAUCGUGGUUCUCACUUUCUCAUCUAUUCCAGUCCAAUAUGGCUUGCGACUCUUCCACUCGCGUUCUGUUGGUCACGGCGAACAUUGGGUCGAUAUUUGAAAAUCCAAGUGUGAUGCUAAAAAUAUGGACUGAAGAAUUUUUAAACACUGUGAGCAGAUUGGAUCCAUAUUUUAUAGCUUUGCAUUGUCAAGAAGUUGGCGGAAAAAAUUACGAAGAAAGCAUGAAACACGUCAAUUUUUUUGUUAGUUUAUUGAUGACAAGUAAAGAAUUGAGGAUCUUCAACAGAGCUCAAGUAUUUCUUGAUGAAGAAUUCACAUCAGCAGAAAAUUUUACAGCUUUGGGAAACUUUUAUUUUAUUCACGAAGCCAUAAAAGAAGCAUGUAUAUGGGAUUUUAAUAAACAAGAAUUUUUAUCUGUAACUGAAAAAACCAUAUAUUCUGGAAAUAUUGAACAUGUUUCCACUAAAGAAAAGUCUAAAUUUCCUCAAGAUUUUUUUCCAGAGUGUAAAUGGUCACGUAAAGGGUUUUUGAGAACUAGAUGGAAGCUUAAUGGUUCUGUAUUUGAUCUCAUAAAUAUUCAUUUGUUUCAUGAUGCUUCAAAUUUUACUGCAAUGCAAUCUCACUCUUCUGUUUAUUCUAUCAUGAGACAAAAAGCACUUGAAUACACUUUAGAUCGGUUUCGUAACUAUGAAUUUGGAUUUGCUCCGUUUUUUUUAUUUGGAGAUUUUAAUUUUCGCACAGAUACUAAAGCUGUUAUAAUGAAAAUAGUUGAAGGGCUGGAUAUGGUAAAAGAUGACGUUGACAAAGAUAAUUUAGUUUUUCAUUAUACAGACAAUUCAAAAGAAGUUAUUUUUACUUUAAAAAAAAAAGAAUUUCGUCAUCUGGAUCAUCAAAAUAUAUUUGUGUCGAAAAGUGGAUCGUGGUUAAAAGAAUUUGAUCACGAAUUAAAAUCAUUUGAAGAACAAUUGUUUGAAUUUCCUAUACAUUUUCAACCAAGUUAUCCAUUUGAAGAAAAUGAACAUGAAGGAACGAACUAUAUGCAAACCAGAUGUCCAGCUUGGUGUGAUAGAGUAGUUUUAAGUGCUGGUGCUAAACUUUUAAUUGAUAAAAAGGCAUUAGAAGUAGAUAAUAAUGGUGAAGUGGAGUAUGAUCUUAUUGGAAAGAAAACAUGUAUGGGAGAUCAUAAGCCUGUUUACUUGAAAUGUGACAUUAUGAACAAUGCAGGUAUAGUGGACAGAGUGGAUUGUGCUUGUAAGCUUAACCGUGUGCCUCCUGAAACCCAAAAUCCACUGCAUGCUUUAUUGGGUGAUCAUUUAUGUGUAGAUUCAGACGAGUGUUGUAUUCCAGUAGUAGAUACAAUUGUACCACAUAAUACUGUAUUAGGUGAAGUUAAAAUCCCUCCAGUGCCAUCUACAUCCACAGAUGAUUAUGAAUUUGACGCUGUAUCUUUAAAACAAAAUUAUACAGAAAGUCAUUGUAAAACAAAUAAGCCAUUUACUUGCAGAUUUUUGCGUAAAAAAAUAUCUGACAAACAUGGGACACAUAAAAAUAUAUUUCCUGUAUCUGAUUGCAUUUGCAAAACACACAAAUGGAAAUUUCCGAUGAUCAUGCAAAAAGCUUGGAAGCAUAAUAGACGUAUCAGGCUCAAGUCAAUCCCUAGUUUCAAUAACAUGCCCUUACAAAGGUAUCAAAGUCACCAUAGUUCAUCGGAUGAAGAUUGGUUUGAGGAAAUUGCCGAUGAUGAAACUAAUAAUUGUGAUGACAAGAAAAAUAAAUGCAUUUCUAAUUCAAACAUAACUCUUACUAAUGACGAUAAUUGUUCUGUUUAUUUUGAUAAUGAAUCUGAACAAGUAGAAACAGACAAAUUUAAAUGGUGUUCUUCUUUUGCAUUUAGAAAAUUUUGUGACAAACGACCAUUAGCAGAAAAAAAGAUAACUCGUAGAGAUCCUACAACUUCUUGUCAAAUUAUAUAAUCAAAUUAUCUGGCCAUAAUUAACCUAAAUUAUUUAUAACAUAAUUGAAGAUAACGGAUAGAAUUACAAUACCUAAUUAUUAUUUUAAAUACAUGUAAAUAAAAAAAAAUAUUAUAUAUUUUAAUUUUAGUAUGACUUGUGAAAAACAUAG